AUGGAGGACGGGGCGUUCGCGGGGCUGGCACGGACCCACCAGAGGCUCGACUUUGCUCACCACCGCGAGAUCUGUCGCACUAUCCACGCCCUCCGCCAGCAACCACUGGCCUCACCCAGCGUGGCCGAGGUGCGUAGGCUGUUGGGCGACGUGGCGCCGGAGGGCAGCGAGGAGGCGCUCCGGUUCACACUGCACAAGCGCAUGGAACUGCAGAUGGCGCAGCGGAUGCUACGGCGCGAGCUGCAGCGGAACGAGUCCGAACUCAUCAUGUUUCAGGACAAGUGCGUUGUGUGCUUCGAGGGCGGGAUUCACCCCAUCAAACCGCAAACCCAAACGGGCGAGCCCUAUCUGGGGAUGUCUUUCCCGCCCGAGGCAGUGUACCAGGCCCUUCCCGCGGACUGGGAUGGCUACUUUGAGCGGCGGGGCGGCCACACCGCAGCAGCGAUGACCGAUGCACAAAAGGCGAUGGUGACCAGCUACCUGUCAAUCCUGCUCACAGUCCUUCAUGCCCUGGAACAAGUCAUUGGAAGCAUGCAGCUGCAAGACGCAGCGAUGCUCUGCGUUCACCUCCUGGGCAUGACCAUCAGGUCCAAGUACAUCAGGUUUGAGAAGUACCUGGAGAUUCUUCACUGUCUGCCUGCCCUCAAGUGA